AUGGGGCCUCGAGGACGCCUGAUCUUGAUCGAGGGACUUGACCGUACGGGCAAGUCCACACAGGCGGAACUUUUGGCAUGUGAAUUGGGCUCCAAUUCCGUGCUCUUAAAGUUUCCAGACAGAACUACGCCAGUUGGGCAAUUAAUUGAUGACUAUUUGAAAAACCGUCAUAACCCGCUUCCCGACCAAGCAAUUCAUCUCUUGUUCUCUGCUAACCGAUGGGAAGCCGCACGAAGAAUUGAAAGUGCGUUGUUUGCUGGGAAACACGUCAUUUUGGAUAGGUAUGUAUAUUCUGGAGCUGCUUACUCGUGUGCGAAAAAUGUGCCCGGCAUGGACAUGAAAUGGUGCCUCGACCCGGAAAGGGGGCUCAUCAAACCGGAUUUUACGAUUUUCUUUAUGAACAAUGGCCACGAGAGUGAGCAAAGAGCUGGCUUUGGUGAUGAACGAUACGAAACUGUUCAGUUUCAGGACCGCGUCAAGCACACGUUCCUGGAGCUUUUCGAAACCUGGGAAAAUGCGUCGUACCGUGAAAAUAAUAUGCGAUUCUUGAACGUCGCAAAUAAGUCCAUUACUGAAGUGGCCCUGGAGGUCAAACAAAUCGCCGAAAAGUGUAUUCGCCAGGGUCAAGAUGAAAUCUUGCGCUUUUAA